AUGUCCCAGCUGCCGCGGCCUGCCGCCCUCACCGCGGGGAGCUCCGUGCAGUGGGACCGGGGCCACCGCGGCCUCGCACUGAGCGGCCCGGGAGCGCGCCGCCCCGCCGCCCCGCUUCACCGGCUACAAACGAGCUGCGCUCCCUCCGCUGCCCUCCUCUGCCGCUCCUUUAAACUGGGGGCGCCCGCGCACGCGCCUGUUGCGGGGCGCGGCGCGAGCCCCCUCAGCGGCGGCUCCCUCAGCGGCCUGGGCGGGGGACGGCCCGGCGGCCCCCUCAGCGGCUCCCUCAGCGGCUCCUUCAGCGGCUCCCUCAGCGGCCUGGGCGGGGGACGGCCCGGCGGCCCCCUCAGCGGCCCCCUCAGCGGCUCGGGCGGGGGACGGCCCGGCGGCCCCCUCAGCGGCUCCCUCAGCGGCCUGGGCGGGGGACGGCCCGGCGGCCCCCUCAGCGGCUCCCUCAGCGGCGGCCCCCUCAGCGGCCUGGGCGGGGGACGGCCCGGCAGCUCCCUCAGCGGCUCCCUCAGCGGCCUGGGCGGGGGACGGCCCGGCGGCCCCCUCAGCGGCUCCCUCAGCGGCAGCUCCCUCAGCGGCCUGGGCGGGGGACGGCCCGGCAGCUCCCUCAGCGGCGGCCCCCUCAGCGGCCUGGGCGGGGGACGGCCCGGCGGCCCCCUCAGCGGCUCCCUCAGCGGCCUGGGCGGGGGACGGCCCGGCGGCCCCCUCAGCGGCUCCCUCAGCGGCGGCCCCCUCAGCGGCCUGGGCGGGGGACGGCCCGGCAGCUCCCUCAGCGGCUCCCUCAGCGGCCUGGGCGGGGGACGGCCCGGCGGCCCCCUCAGCGGCUCCCUCAGCGGCAGCUCCCUCAGCGGCCUGGGCGGGGGACGGCCCGGCAGCUCCCUCAGCGGCGGCCCCCUCAGCGGCCUGGGCGGGGGACGGCCCGGCGGCCCCCUCAGCGGCGGCUCCCUCAGCGGCCCGGGCGAGGGACGGUCGCUUCCUGCCUGUUGCCCGCUCUGA